AUGGAUAGUGAUAGUCCACCAUCGCGGAAGCGGCCGCGCCCGAGGCCAGUCGUCUCUUGUUUGCGAUGUCGGGAUAAGAAGCUGAAAUGCGACCGGGCUACCCCUUGUCAGAAUUGCAUCAAGGCAGUCUGCAUCGCGGAAUGCACAUACAGCCAGCAUCCCGCGCCAAAUCCAUCUAAUUCUCCCGAUCACUCAAAUGCCUCACUUCAAAAGCCGAAACCGAAGUCGAAGAGAGUCCACCUCGACAUCUCCGAGGAAUCCGACCAGCGGGUCCAGCUGGACUCUCCACGGAACAUCGGCAUCAUCGAAGAUCUACAGCGUCGCGUGCUUCAUCUCGAGGAGCUUGCCGCUGUUCAACCAAAUUCGACCGUUUUUGGUCCUCUAAAAGAUGCCACUAUUCAAAGUCCCUGGCCUCAGGAGAAUUCCCCUCUUUCUACUCCUUUCCAAGGAACGUUGGUGAUCAAAGGAUCUCGUUCCCGCUACCAUGGCCAGAAUAACAGGAUUUCCCUUCUAAACCAAUUCCCGGACGCGAAAGCGUUUAUCAAUCAGUGUGGCACGGACUCAAGCCUCGUCGGAUUAGCCAAGGAAGUCCAGUUUCUCCAGAGCAAGUGUCAGAUACCAACGGCUUCUCCCGAGUCUCUGUCAGAGUUGGAGUCCUUCCCAGAAUUACAAUGCCUCCUAGACUCUCUUCCACCUAAACCUCUCUGUGAUCACCUGGUGGAUGUGUAUACAAAGAGCUUCGAAAAGGCCUUGAGGAUUGUUCAUGUUCCCUCUUUCUUACGACAUUACUCUAAACUUUGGGAUGAGACAUUAGACUUGGAGGCUUCUUCGGCCAAAGAUUUCGUUCCUCUCCUCAUGGCCGUACUCACCGUCACUGCUGCUGUACUGGCCACACCUCCUUCGACUGGUAAUACAGCAUCAUGGCGCUACUUGAAAGAAACUGCACCUGGUAACAUACGCGCCUGGCUAAAGAAGUUGCCACGGAAGCAAAGAACAGAAAUUACUACACUUCAAGCCGAGACGCUUCUUUUGCUGUCGUGUCAACUGCAUCUCGCAGAUGCAGAGGAGCUGUGGAAGACUAGUGGGGAGCUAGUGCGCUCUGCGAUGGUUAUGGGUCUUCACAUUAGUACGGACACCUCUACCGAGAUCACUCCUUUUCGAGCAGAAUGUCGGAAGCGACUUUGGAUCACUAUCGCCGAACUGGAUCUUCAGAUGUCUAUCUCCUCCGGGAUGCCAGUCAUGAUUCCAGAACUGGAUUUUAAGGCUCUUACCCCGGCCAACCUUAACGACUCAGACUUCGAUGAGACAACCACGACUCUCCCUUCUGCACGGGAUUUGAGUGAAGAGACCGACUCUUUGUUUCAGAUUUAUCUUGCUGCAUCGUUAUCCCAGCGCAUCAAAACGAUGAACAUGGCCCAACAUACAAACCCGCAGGAUAGCCUGGAGACGCGUUGGAAGCAAAAGCAGACCCUAGAAGAGAGUUUCGAGAAGGCAUCUCUUUGUCUGGAACGAUCUAUUGAACUUGGAGAGCUUGACUCUUCCGGGCGUGCCUUAAAUCGCGUUAUGUUGAACGUUUUUCUCCAUCGGCCUCUCCUUGCUCUUCUGCAACCCGUUGUUACCGCAGGCACCCACAACGAACAUCUCUUAUUCCCCGAGAUUCAACAAACAUUCAUCAAAUCGUCACUUUCUAUUCUUUCAUAUCAGGACUACUUUGAUCCGAAUAUCUCCGGUCUUGGUUUAUUUAACUUGUCAGAGGCAUCCUGGGAAACUUUCCAAGCGUUAUUCCACCAGGACAUCCUGAGCGCUGCCCUGAAUGUCUGCAAAUAUAUGCGAUAUCUAGAUCAAGCAUCGGUGCAGCGAGGUUCGACCAACCACAGAUCCACUUCGUUAACAUUAUCAGGUCAGCCGGUUAGUAGAGUCAGCCUCAUACGACUCGUCGAGAACACUCUGGAGACUUUGACACGUCGCAUUUCUGAAAGAGGGACGAAUGUCAAGGAUAUUCUAUUGCUUUCUGUUGUACUUCAGUCAGCUCGCGGUCGUGGCACGACGACACAGCAAGAUCUACUCAUGUCACAAGGCGCCAGAAAGGCACUAUCGUCCAGCAGACAAUAUUUGCUUUCUAAGCAGUCAGAAGAAGCGAAUCCAUUUUCCGUUUCCGAUAUUGCACAAAUGCCUCAUUCCCCUUAUAUCCCAAUGGGACCGUCACACCAGCUGCCAUCUGCAUCCAACCCUACGCAUCUUGCUGAUCUAUUCGAGCCAUCCUCUGCCCUUGCGGCCGAAUUCAGUAACUUUGAGAGCGACCUAUUUGCGUUAGACGAUGGAUCAUUUUUAUGGAAUUUAUGA